AUGAGAGCCGGGCGAGAUGAAAUUGCUGCUAACUCAUGUAAUUGGAUUGCAGGCAAUUUAACAGACUAUGUGACUCUGGAUCCAGCCACGGCUCAUCCCCGACUCGUCCUGUCUGCAGAUAUGAAAACUGUGAGCUGGGGAAAGGAAGAGAGGAGCCUUCCCGACAAUCCAGAGAGAUUUAAUCAGCGUGUUUGGGUGCUGGGCCGUGAGGGAUUCCUCUACGGGAAACACUGCUGGGAGGUUGAAGUGAAGGGGAAUGGGGAAUGGGCUGUGGGAGUUGCCAAGCAGUCCCUGAAGAGAAAAGGACAACCAGAAUUUAGCACUUCUGAGGGCAUCUGGGGUAUAGGGGAGUACUGGGGACUUGGCAACUAUUGGGCUUUCACAUCCCCUCAGCAUACAAAACUAGACUUUAACAAGAAGCCCCGCAGAAUCCGCGUCUCUCUGGACUACGCCUAUAACCAAGUUGAAUUUUUCAACGUUGAAACCAAGAAUUCAAUUUAUACUUUCUAUUCACCCUCCUUUUCUGGGGAAAAGAUCUACCCCUGGUUCCGUGUGUGGGUGGGAACACAACUCACCAUGCAUCCCUGAGACACCAGAAUCAAUACCAAAGAAGCCCUUCUAGAACUUCCUAACUCCAUGAUCUUGGAGGAUUCAUGUAUUAUCUGGGCUCCAUUAGUUUUGUUCCCUACCCCCACCCCACCCAGUGUUUGCUCAUCAGCAGUCAUCUUUGGGCGAUUCCGCACACGAGUAAAAUAGGUUCGACCCAGUUCCCUGAGAAGGGUACUAGCCUAGGUCGAAGCCAUUGUU